AUGGCGUUCCGUGAAGAGAAGGAUACGUUUGGACCGAUUCAGGUCCCUGCCGACAAAUACUGGGGAGCGCAGACUCAGCGAUCCCUUCAGAACUUUGAGAUCGGAGGAGAGAGGGAGAGGAUGCCAGAUCAGAUUGUGAAAGCAUUCGGAAUUCUCAAGAAAGCCUGCGCACAGGUCAAUCUCGGCUAUGGUUUGGAUCCGAAGAUUGGAAAUGCAGUCAUUCAAGCUUCGCAGGAGGUCGCAGACGGGAAGCUUAUGGACCAGUUCCCCCUUGUCAUCUGGCAGACUGGUAGCGGAACUCAGUCUAACAUGAACGCCAAUGAGGUCAUUGCCAACCGUGCUGCUGAGAUUUUGGGAUCCAAGCUCGGCGACAAGGGCAUUGUUCAUCCCAAUGACCACGUGAACAUGAGCCAGUCCUCCAAUGACACCUUCCCCACCGUGAUGCACAUCGCUGCUGUUGUGGAGGCGCACUCGAAUCUGAUUCCGCACCUUCGGUCCCUCUACGAGUCCGUUGCUGAGAAGGCUGAGGAAUUCAAGGACAUCGUCAAGAUUGGCCGCACUCACACUCAGGACGCAACGCCUCUGACCCUUGGUCAAGAGUUCAGUGGCUACGCCACACAGAUUAAGUAUGGCAUUCGGCGUAUCGAGGACACUCUCCCGCGCCUGUACCAGCUCGCACAAGGAGGAACGGCUGUCGGCACUGGUCUCAACACAAAGUUGGGGUUUGACGUGAAGGUUGCAGCGGCUGUCGCUGAGGACACGAAGCUGCCUUUCGUCACUGCUGAGAACAAGUUUGAAGCACUGGCCGCUCAUGAUGCGCUCGUGGAGGCAAGUGGGGCGCUUAACACAGUGGCCGUGUCACUCAUGAAGAUUGCUAACGACAUUCGCUUCCUUGGCAGUGGCCCCCGGUGUGGUUUGGGCGAGCUUUUCCUGCCUGAGAAUGAACCAGGCAGCAGCAUCAUGCCUGGCAAGGUCAACCCAACACAGUGUGAGGCGCUCACAAUGGUCUGCGCUCAGGUGAUGGGUAAUCAUGUUGCUGUUUCGAUUGGAGGUUCGAAUGGCCACUUUGAGCUCAACGUCUUCAAGCCCCUUAUGGCUGCAAAUCUGCUUCAGUCUAUGCGUCUCCUGGGCGACGCUGCCCUCUCCUUCAAGAAGAACUGUGUUGUUGGCAUUGUGGCAAACCGCGCUCGUAUCUCUGACAUAAUGAAGCAGUCGCUCAUGCUUGUUACUGCACUGAACCCGCACAUUGGAUAUGACAAGGCAGCUGCUGUUGCCAAGAAGGCUCACAAGGAAGGAAUUACUUUGAAGGAAGCUGCAAUUGCAUUGGGAGUUAUUACUUCUGAGAAGUUUGAUGAAGUGGUUGUCCCCGAGAAGAUGCUUGGUCCAUCGUAG